UGAGAUUCCCUCCCCCUGGUAUCCUCUGUUCUUCAUCUGGGAAUAACGGAUAAACAGGAAGCGAUGCAACAUGAUACAAUGGUGUAUCUGAAAUGGAAUUUUGGUCAAAUCCAAGACGUAAUGAAGCGGAAUCACAGUGGCUUAUCUAUCAUCCUUACAGGGAAUAACAACUUCUUGUAAUGUCAAAUUUAGUUCUACUUCAACGCCAUUAGUUUAUGUUGUAUAUUUGUUCAGUCUACUGUUGACGUUCAAUUAAGAGUACAACUCCAGAGGUAAAUAUUGAUCCAUUUAGGGCCACCAGCUCUCAAAAAUUGAAGAAUGACACCACUCUUGUUAAAAGCUUUGUGUUUAAAUAUGGUAGCAACUCCUCCUAACAAUUUGCUACCUGUUUGAGUGUUAUUCCUAUCCAGCACACUGGUAAGCAGGACCACAUCCUCUGUGUUCAGGCCUGUGGAACACAGUCAAGUGUUAAAGCACAAACAUCCUGCCCUCUCUAGCUCAUUAAGACCGUAAACCUUGUUCCAACUCUCGUCCAAACAUUCCCUUGAGCCAAACUUAAUGCACUAGUGAUGGGAGUGCCUUGCAGAUGUAUUCAUACCCUUCUUCUUUUUGGCUUGUCACCUUACAACCUUCCAAUGACAUUUGGCUCUUGCUCGCUUCAAUGCGUCAAAUAUAGAUUUGACUUCGGUAACUUAGGUGUAUAGUUGACGCAUUGAACUGGGAGGUUUGGGUUUUUUCAUAUUUUGACAUUGUAAAACCCAUUGAUCUGUUUUAUCCCCUGUGUUUUUCACACAUCUGUUUUAUUCCUCGGUGGUUCACUGUAUCGCUGGUGUUGUCGUCCAUCAAACUAUUUGACAAACAGUCUUCAGAGAGCAACAAGUCAUGCCAACUGCCCAUGCUAAAACAUUGAUUGUUUUUUAAACAAUAUGGUUUAUGGUAUCUUUAAGGCAGUUACAUUUUAUAAACCCCUCUUUCUGUUCACAUUUAUACUUCUUCCCUCAUGUCCAACUUCUCCUCGGCCCCCUUGUUCCACCACCACCUGUUCUGUUUGAUGCAUGCAUCUCUGCUAGAUGCUUCAAGUGAUCCUCACUGUCUCACAGGAGACGCAAAGCCCUCUGAAGUGGACGAAGACUACAAGUGGCAAACACGCACUCAGGAAGACAACCGCAACCAGAACCACUCUCCCGGCAUUCCAGUAGCCAACGGCCACUACUUGGCAUUGGUGCCGGGUAACAGGAGACCCAUAGAUCCGGCACUAGCAGAGCAUUUCUCCAGAAUCGCACCCCCUCCUUUGGCGCCCAAAUCCAGCACUGAGAGCAGCUACAUAAUUGAAGAGCAGCUGAGGAGGAUGGAGCAGCACCGUCAGGAGCAGGAGAGACAGAAGAGGCAGUGGCUGGAGGAGGAGCGGCUCAGGCUGGAGCAGCAGAAGCAGCUGGAGAAGCAGCGCCGAGAGCUGCUCCAGCUUCAGCUGCAGCAACAGCAGCAGGAGCACCGUCACCGCAGGCAGGUUCUGCAGUGGCAGCUGGAGCUGGAGCACCAGUACCGCAUGCAGCAGAAGCAGAUCCAGCAGCAGCAGCAGCUGAGGAGGAGCCCAACCGGCGUGAUGCUGUCCCCAUCAUCUGGCCUCUGCACCAUCUACGAAGCCAUGGAAACCAGCGACGAGGAGGACGAGGUCAGGGGGGAGCCGAACAGGAACAUUCUGGUGGGACAGAGGAGGAUGCUGCCUUCCCAAUCCGUCUCUCAGGGCUUCCAGAGGCCCCCGCGUCAGGUGGCUCCACACGACCUGGAAUGGAACAAGAAGGUGGACAUUGUCCAGCAGCUCAUCAACCAGUCCCUGAUGCUGUCCAGUGAUGGAGGGUGCCCCCCUCUCCUGCUCCUACCCGUAGGGACCGGGGGAACCCUAAGCCCGCUGAAAAGCAGCAUGUGGCCCAACCUUCCUCCACAGUUCAGCCCUCCUACGGCUACAGUGACCUCCGUCAGCAGCUACUCCCCAGACAGCCGGGGCAGCUCCCCAGCUGGAGACUGGACCGUGGUGGAGGUGGAGACCCAGCACUGACUCUCCUCAUCAACUCUGACUCUUUUUGUUUUCUAACUUCACAAAAAAAAAUUAAAUACUGCCAAAAGUAUCACUUUACUAUUUAUCAUAAUACAUCAUCAUUGGGGAAAAUAUUUUUUUGUUUAAUCUAAAUCUGAUUUCAGUGUGUAGUUUCAACACACAACCAUUCAAACUUGAAUUUCUGAUGUUUUUGUACUGGUGUGAUCCCUGUAACCCACACAGACAUGCACUGUGUCCUUGUUCUGCAUCAUGUAACUUUUACACAAGAACUUAAUGGCACUCUGGUGUUUUACUGUGAAAGGCACUGUAACUACUUUAAAACAUUCCUGUGUUGUAGUCUCUCGUAUAUCGUUAUAAGAAUCUAAAACCAAACACAGUGCCUUGCUAAAGUACUUAUACACCUUGAACUUUUUCAGAACGGAACAGUGACAAAAAGUAAGCCAUGAGGAUCCUCAUGUUCAAUUUGCCACAAGCCACGUUGACAACACAACCAAUAUGGAAGAAAGAAGGCACUAUGGCCAGUUGAAAACAAACUUUCACUUUUUAAACUGCACAUCAGCCAGAACGCAUAAUUUCUAAUAUAAAAUCCUGUGGCAACAUCUUGUUAUGAUGUGGGGGAGGCUUCAGCAGGGGAACAGAAGUUCGUCAGACUUAAACGGAAGAUGGAUUAAGAUGAAGAGCGAAUUCUCGUUGGAGGUGGCAAUUGGUGCCAAUGUGGCAGCUACAUUGGGACGGUCGAUACCAAUGCAUAUUCAUAUGUUAGAAUGGCCCAGUCAAAGUUUAGAGCUGAGAAUUGUGAGCUAGACUUGACAAUUGCUCCACCUGAAUGUUCACAAUCCAAUCUCACUGAGCUGCAGUGGUUAGUUACACUUCUCUGGGUUUUUCUUUUCUUUUUUUUUUUUUUUUUUACAUUUUUCAUCUUCCUUCUACUUCACACUUAGGCAUUACUUUGAUCUCAUCUCUGCCACUUAAAUAUAUUCAAGUAAAAACUUGUACAGUGAUGCAAAGUGGAAAAGUUCAAAGUGUGUGAAUACCUUUGGAAGGUUGUGUAUUGGUCACCCUCAAGAAUGAGGGAUUAAGCUAUGACAAGUUGCACUAAAGCCAAAUGUUAUGUCUUCCAAUGUCCUUUUGCAGGUAAGUCUUUAUACAAUUAACAGAUUAAUAUAUUUGUGAAUUUUUUUUAUUCUGAAUUCCUAAUAUAUACCCCCUGUAUAUCUAAGGGGGUGCAUUGGGGAAGUCUUUAUUUGGUCCCUAGCUACACUUUUCUUGCUAAGUACCCACAGUGACUUCACUGGACGACCAGUCCUUAACAGAUCCGUCAGUCAUGGAGGAAAGCCGGGGAGGAACAGGAGAAAGGAGCUCCUUGUUCUACUCAGAGGAAAGACUUCAAGGGUGACGGGCAAAAGGGUAAAGGGGCGGUGGGGGGGUGAGGGGGACAUUCAUCCGCCCUCUUCCCUCUCACAUUCCAGGAUCGUAGCCUCAUUUCCUGGGUCGGUCAGUAUUCGGGGCGUCUUGGAGGGUACAGAUGAUGUCAUGGUGGCAGAGAAAGAGGAUGUUAUGAAGUCGGUCCGGAUGGGCACCACGCUGGUUUGAUAUCGAUAAGAACUAAAACCAGGUUUAGUUUAGUCACCUCAUUUGUAUUUUCUGUACAAAUAUCUUCCUUUGAUGUGUUUUAUUGUGAUUGGUACAAUUUAGGAGAAAUAUGUUUGAUAGUUAUACAAACACAGGCCAGUAAAUCCAAGCCUGAUGUGUUGUUGGAGAAAAAGCACCUGUUCUCUUUGUUUACUCAAGGUAGGUGAUUUCAGUUAGAAAUAUCAGAAGGAAACACUGACACCUGCUGGUGGCAUGUGUGAAGCACAACACAAGACUUUACGUCAAACCGAUUUUAUGUUGGUUUUCAACAGCCUGUUGGUACGAUGCACUUUUCAUAAGUUUAAAAAGUUAUAUAAAUAAUAUUAAAUUAAUAUUUGAAAGAUAAAAUUAAAAGCAAGACUUUGUUUUCUAAUCUAUUUAUACUCCAAUUAUUGUGCAUGACAAAUCAGAUUGUGUAAAGAAGUAUGCAUUUCCCUGCUCUUGUAUGCUGCUACAUUUGAUAGAAGUUUUUACCUAUUUUACCACAACUCUGCUAUGUUGCAUGCAAAUAUACACCCAUGUUGUUCAGGAACAGCACAGUGCCUGAAGCUCCUUUUCUGUUUUUGUCUAUUAAACCUCUUGUAUUGCUACUGUUAAUAUGAAAUGUGACCGUUUACAUGCUGUUGUUUCUGUGAGAGUUAGUCGUACUUUGUGUCGUGAAUAAUUUGCAUGGUGAAGAGCUAAAGUCAAAUAUGCUAUGAAAACUAGACAAAUACAUCGACUGUCUCAUUAAAUGCAUUUUCUCACAUUUGUGUUGUUCACUGUGGUGCAUUUGAGUGACCUGGACUUCCUGUCCGUACUCAAACAAAAAAGAAUUGGCUUUGUUUUGUUCUAGAUCUCAGUUCAGUUAGUAGAACGCUUUUCCUCUCGCAUGUGGAGAACCCCUGAUUCUCCCUCCCCUGAAAUGGAGGGAAACCAAACAUUUCCCUCCAUUUCUUGGCAGAUGAUCUACAGUUUUACAUGCCUUCCAAAUGCAAGCAUUUCAUGUUCAACUGUAGAACUACUUCUGCUAACCAUUAGCAGUUUGGUUACCUAGUUCCUUUAUGACUUUCUUUCAAUAAUGGCAGUCUUCUUGGUCAUCUUUGAAGGCGUCUUUGAUUAAUGGAGUAUCUCCUAAGGAUAUCUGUGCAUAACGGGGGACAAAAUAUAUGCUACACUUUUCACAUUUGUAUUAGUAACCAUGCUAAUUCAAAGAUAAACGACAGAAAGGUAAAUAAAUAUGUGGAAGUAAAGCUUUUACAUCCAUAUUUUAAUAAAUGUAAUGUUUCAAAAUA